AUGAAUCUCCUUGCCAGCAAUUAUAGCGAUUUCCUCUGCAGCGUGUGCAGCAAGUUCGCGACGCUCAAGUGCUUGGCCUGUCGCGGCGACUACUACUGCGCCAAGUGCGAGCGCAAAGUGCACAGCAAGAAGCACCGCAACGGCGAACCAUUGGCCGUCGUCCACAGCAGAGCCUGCGACGUCUGCCACGCGCUCAAGCUCGAGCUCUACUGCGAGGCGUGCACCAAGCACGUGUGCAUGAACUGCAUUGCGAGCCCAUGCAGUUCGAGCUUGCCGCACGUGCUUGUGCCCAUGAACGGUGCUCGCGGCUUGUGCCUCGCAGUCAUCGACUGGCCGCGCGACUUCGUCGUCGCCAUUCAACGAGACACUGAACAGUACCUGCCCGUCAAGGUCGAGAAAAAAGAGCCCAUCGCAACGCCACCAGCACCCGUCGUCCCUCCGCCAGCACGCAUCGUCCAGCCGCCACCAGCACCGGUGGCCCAACAGGCACCGGUGGCCCAACCAGCACCGGUGGCCCAACCAGCACCAGUGGCCCAGCCAGCACCCGCGGUACCCGGCGCCGACGCUCCGUCAUCCAUGAGCGACCCGGACACGCUGCCGCACAUUGGCUCCGACUCGAUGAAGGGUGCAAUGCUUAGCAAGUACAAUGCGGCCAACGCCGAGGUCAUCUCGCUCGAAGAAAAAAUCAAGGUCCUCGCCAACCAAGUGCGGCUCGAGGUCAACAAGCAUGACAUGGCGGUCGCGCUCUCGUACAACAAGCAACGCAACGAGAUGCAGGUCGCGCUCGAGACCGUCCUCGAAGCGCGCGACGAAGCCCUCGCGCACCUCGUCGCGUUCAACCCGCUUCUCCACGCACAGUAUCAAAACACACACGACGCGACCAAGCCCGAGUACAAGCCGGUUGUCGCGACGCCGACCAUCGUGCAGCGCGUCGUGCCCGGAAAGCACGCGCGAUGCGCGCGCCUCGAAGCCGAGAUCCUCGCGCUCGAGACGCAGCGAGUGCGUGCGAACGCAGAGAUCCACGCCGCCUUGGCGCGCGACGACAUGGGCGCGCUGGACCCGCUGGGCCUCGAGAUUUUGGGUCUCGAGCGGCAAAUGCUGGCCCUCGACGCCGAGCGCAACAAGGAAUUUCUGUUGCUCACGGUCUUUAGCAAGCGGCUGCGCGACCGUAUUGGAACGCUCCACGCAUAA